UAUAAAGUGAAGAGGGAGGUGAUAUCUGCACUGAUACCAUUCUGCCCAUCUGAUCAUUAUUAUCAUUAUCAUCAGUCAUGAGCUCUCGUUCUCUCCUGCUGGUUCUGCUGGUUCUCGCCUGCCUUCAGUCCUUCACAACGGCCCAGAAUGGAAAUGUACCAGAAGAGUACCAGUGCUGUUUCAGAUUUCAGAUACAACCAAUCCCUGUAAGAGUCAUUAAAGAGUAUGAAGUAACAGAUAUUCGGUGUACAAAACCUGGAGUCAUCUUUACUCUACAGAACGGUCGUCAUUUGUGUGCAGAUCCCAGCUUCAAGUGGGUGAAAAAUCACAUGAGUAAACUUGACCAGCGUCUGUUUAACAGCCUGAACAAACCUACAGCGGGUCCUUAAAUCCUCUCUCCAUUAAUGAGUAUAAAGAAUGAAUAUUUCUUUUAGAAAAUGCACUUUUUACACAGGGAGACAGGAGGAAUAAAGCUUUUUUAAAUAUAGAUUUAAACAUAAUCUGCUUUAUUCUGUUGACUGUUUUUUCUCUUAUUCAUUAUUGAUGAAUAAUAAUCAAUAAAUAAUCACUGUAUUAUAA